AUCAGAGAUAGGAUUAUAGUCGAUUCUUUUGACGGAUGGCAAACACACGGCGAUGCGGGAGUGUGUGAUAUGCGUGUAGCGUCUCUUAGAUCUGGUACAUUAGUGCCCGCUACAGCUAGUAGACAACAACAAGUCUUUCUGGUUGGAAAAGGUCUGUCGAAGUGGGCAGUGCGUGAUGGCCAGAUGGGCAUGUUGGAUUAUGCUGUCAGCAGGGAAGAGGAUGAUAUGGUGAUGGUUCAGAUCGAGUUGACACCGAGAAACAAGUACAUAGUUGCGCGCCACAAGGCGAACUUCAUGUCUUUAUGGGACGCAGACACUCUGGUGACUCUCUAUCGAUGGGACGUACCAGGUGUACGCAUGUUCUCUCUCCUUACGAGCACCUCUGAUCACAUACGAGAUAUUCGGGUGGUUCUCGUGGUGAGCAACCCCACCGAGGACAACAAUAUAGCUCAUCCCUCGACAAACAGAGUGGAAAGUGGUAGUGGCAAUGCACAAUCGCUGCAAAUCGUAUCGUUGCCGUCCAAUAAGAAGAUGUUCGCUGUGGAUAUGGGAACUGGAGGGGAGCCUAAUGUCGCAGUUUCAAACGGUAUGGCGCGGCUGUGA